CGAGGCAGCGGCGGGCCCGGACGUAGUAGUAGUAAUGUAGCAGUACGUAGUAGCACCUGGUCGGACUGGACGAGGGGGGGAACCCGACCCGAGCGUUCUGGGUGGAAUUCAGGAGGCGCCCCAAGCAAGGGCACGGUUGCACCUUUUUGUGUCUCGGAUCGGGCUUCUUUCUGUCUUUCUUUCCCCCCUCAUCAACUAACGUUGUCGGUCAAUUCGAUUGCCCGCUUCUGCCACUUUCUCUUUCCCCACCACCACCACUACUACUCCGACCACUGAACCCGGCCAAGGCAAGCAUGCCCUCGCACUCGCCCAUCUACGACACCUCGGCCCGGCUGCUGGCGCCCCUCGAGGCCUACGUGCCCGUGACGGUGCUCCGGUGGACACCGCCAGUGACGCCGCUGAGCGACGCGCUGACGGCGGGCGGCGUCAUCGUCGCGUACCUGGCCACCAUCUUUGGCCUGCGCGCUGUCCUGCGCGCCGUCAAGGCCGGCCGGACGCCGACGGACACCAAGUCGACAAAGGGCGCGGCCAACCCGGCCGAGGCGCAGCGCAAGAGGGACCCGCCCGUGAUUGACGCGCGGGUGCUCAAGUACCCCUUUCUGAUCCACAACAUCCUCCUCAGCCUCGGCAGCGGCUGGCUGCUCGCCCUCAUCCUUGAGGAGGUGGUGCCGAUCAUGCGGCGCAACGGGCCCUUCUACUCCAUCUGCGGCGAGGGUGCCUGGACCAUGCGCCUUGAGACGUUUUACAUCAUCAACUACUACUUCAAGUACUGGGAGCUCGUCGACACGCUCUUCCUUGUGCUCAAGGAGAAGCCCCUCGCCUUCCUCCACGUCUACCACCACUCGGCCACCGCCCUGCUCUGCUUCACCCAGCUCCAGGGCAAGACGUCGGUGUCGUGGGUCGUCAUUGCGCUCAACCUCGCCGUGCACGUGCUCAUGUACGCCUACUACGCGCUGACGAGCAUGGGCAUCCGCGUGCCCUGGAAGAAGGCCGUGACGGUCUCGCAGAUCGUCCAGUUCGUCAUCGACCUCUUUGUCGUCUUCUUUGCCUCGUACAACUACUGGGCCUUCAACAAGUGGGGCAUGCAAAAGUACACACUUGGCUCCUGCUCGGGCACCGAGUACGCGGCCCUGUCGGGCAUGGGCGUCCUGUCCAGCUACCUCGUCCUCUUUAUCCUCUUCUACCAGAAGACGUACCUGCAAAAGAAGGGAAAGCAGGCCGUUCAGGCCAUGACGGGCCAGUCGCAGAAGAAGGCAAACGGAAAGUCGGAAUAGAAUCACUCCCAAAAUGUACACUAGAGUCUCUCGCUCUCCCCUGCCGAAGCUCUCUUCCCCUCUCUCUCUCUCUCUCCCACAUCUAAUCCACCCUUGCACCUCCUCCCCUCUACUCCUCCUCCCUCUCUUCUUUUCGCAUCCCCAACCCCUCGUCAUUCUGUUAGCAAUAGAGAAUGAAGACUGCCAUAAAAAGACCAAC